UACCUACAAACACGUAAUACCAGUCCAACUGUCAUUGUCACACAUCGAGUCAUGCCCAUACACAUUAAUAGCGACUUCAUAAACUAUGAAUAAGGGCAUUCGGCUUUCCCUUACUUAAUAUGGCGCCGUUCGUUAUCGGGUCUGAGCAAGUGAGAACUAGGAUGUGAUGCCGAUGCCAGUGAGAAAGAUGGCGACGCCUAGGGACGAGACAGAUUGCAAUUGAAACCUGAGCUCAGAAACAAAAAGAAAUGUCUCUCUUAGCCCGUGUCGCGUUUUAUCCGAGCCUUCUCUACAAUGUUCUCAUGGAAAAGAUGUCUAGUCGGAAAUGGUACAACAGAAUCGACGAGACGGUGAUUCUGGGGGCGCUUCCGUUCCGAGGAAUGAGCAGUAAGUUAGUAAAUGAGGAGAACGUCCACGGGGUGAUCACUAUGAAUGAAGAAUACGAGACCAGACGACUGUGUAACUCGGCAGAGCAGUGGAAAGCGAUGGGAGUAGAACAGCUGUGCCUGAGCACCGUGGACUUCCUGGGGGUCCCCAAGUUGGAGCACUUGCAGCAAGGAGUGGAGUUCAUUGACAAGCACAGGCAAAAAGGCAGCAGCGUUUAUAUUCAUUGUAAGGCCGGCCGGUCCCGUAGCGCUACCAUGGUCGCUGCCUAUUUAAUACAGAGGCACAAAUGGAAACCCGACGAGGCUGCUGCUUUUAUAGCAGAAAUCCGUCCUCACAUCCUGAUCCGAAACAACCAGCGCCAAAUGUUAGAGCGUUUCUACCAACUGGCGUUAACCUCCAGGGCACCGCAAACUGGAGGUUGAAUGUUCAACAGUGUGAUAUUUAUUUCUAUGCCUCUAGGCAUUAAACUUGCUGCAUCAAACUUCCAAUCAGGACCAAUGGGUGCAGAUAAGACUCCUCACGUUGUAUUCCCGUCCUUGCUACAGUCAAUAUUUUUUGACAAUCCAAACCCCCAAGGGCCUCUUCCACUACCCUCAGUUUGUAUUGAAGCCAGAGGGGCAGCACGGACAUUUACUAUGCAGAAUAAAGCAUGCUGGGAUUGUUUUGCAACUUUGCACACAAUAAAGAAUGCCGGCUCUUGCUGUUUUAA